AAUUAAGUAGUACAAAAAAAAUAAUAUAAGAUCCAAUAUAGAGUGAUAACAAAAUUUAAAACAAUAGCAUAAUUGUAAGAAUAUAAGACACACUAACCAAAUGAUAACAAUCACAGAAAAAUAAUCAGGUAUCAUUCAAAUUAAGAGAGGAACACAUCCUCUUUUUAAAAAUAUAUUCAGUGCUGCUAAAGAUGUCGACAUCUAUAGCAUUCAUCCGAUUAUACCAUAUACAAGCACGGCACAGUGGAGCUUUGCUGGACAGAUUUGUUAAGAGAGGGAUAAAAUAUAUGGUGCCUCCUUGUAUUGGCAGGAGGAACAAAUAGAGGUAGCCUCUCUAAGAGCUCAGAACAAUCAAUUUUAUUAUUGCAAAGUUUAUAUAAAAAUAUCUGACUAGAGAGAAUAGUAUUUUGCUUUAGUGACAAAUAGUUGAAUCUAUUCAGCAGGUAUCAGAUGUGCUUCAUGUGAAAAAAUUAGAAAUAACAAUCAUUUGAAUAACGAGGCAAAUAAAUUAUUAAAUGAUAAAGAACAAAGCUUUUUAACAGUAGCCACUUUGGAGAAUAAUAUUGAUUUUGUUCAAUACUUACUUUCAUUAAACUAUGAUAUUAAUCUUAAAGAUAUUAGUGGGAAAACGGCCCUUCAUUAUGCAGCUGAAAAUGGAUAUCAAGAUAUUCUAAUGCUCUUAAUAAGUGAUAAAGCUAAUGUAAAUUUAGUUGAUUGUAUCAAAAACACUGCUCUACAUUUAGCAUGCGAUAGGGGCCAUGAUAGUUGUGUUAAAGCCUUAAUAUAUUCUUCUCAUUUUGUGGAAAUUAAUUUGCAAAACAGUUUGGGUGAAACUCCAUUAUUUUUAGCCACUAAAUGGGGUUAUUUUGAUAUCAUUAAAAUUUUAUUGGAAAAUGGGGCUGCAGUUUGUUUUAAAAAUAACAGAAACUUAAGCAUAUACAAGUUAUCACCUAAUUACUAUGUAAGUAAUCUUUUUGAACAAUUUGGUAAUCAGAAAAGUAAAAAUUUAGCAAAAGAGGUAAUUGAUGACAAAACAAGUGAUAGCACUUCUGAAAAAUGCUAUGAGUUGCCCCUCAGCAGUAAAGAAGGAUAUAGGUUGCAGAAUUUUCUUUUUGGUACUCGUGCUAAAAAUGCCUCAGAGGAAAAGAGAAUUCAAUUACUUUUAAAAGCUAUUGAGGAUAAUGACAUGCCCUUGACAUCAUUUUACUUAGGGUAUACUGGAAAUUUAGUUGAUAAAGGUGAUGUUUCCACUGACUCUUCUAAUAUUACCACAAAGUGUCAUCCUCUUUGUGCAUGCAAUAAAUGCUGUGCAGGUGAUUUUCUAGAUUCUGAAUCAGUUGACCACACAAGCCACAAAUUGAAUGUAAAUGUUUCUAAUGAUGAAGGUUAUACACCUCUUCAUGUAGCUGCAAAAUUUGGACGAACGGACAUUUUAAGGAUCUUAUUGGAUGGUGGAGCAUAUUUAAAUAUAAGAACCAUUAAAACCUUCCAUACCCCUUUACAUCUAGCCGUAAUGUUUCAAAGAGUUCAAGCAGUUAAAGAGUUACUGAACUGCGGUCAUUGUGAAAUAGAUGCACAAGACCUGAGAGGGAACACCCCGCUUUAUUAUGCUUGCAUUCAAAAUAAUAGUAACCUAAAAAUCUUGGAAUAUUUACUUAAAAAUGGAGCAGAUUGUCAAAAGAAAAAUUUUGAGGAGAAAACUGUUUUGCAAAUUUGUGAAGAGAAAAAUUUAUUUAGGGUUUGUAGACUGCUAAAAGAAAACAUGGAACGCCUUAGCCCAAUAACCAAAGAUUGUUCUUUAAGCCAUAGUUUUAGUACGAUUAGUUUUGAUGAUAUUGACAGUGAUUUUGAAAUUUUGUGAAAAUUUAAGAUUGUGAUAUGAUAGUGAUGCCUUUAUGUACCCAUUUAUUAUGUGCGAUUAUUUGAUGAAAUUGCAUUUAAUAUAUAUGAUAGCGAAAUGUUAUAUAGAUGUGUAGAGAUGCAAUUUUCAUUUAUGCAUACACUGCAGAAUAUAAAUUUUAUAUUUUGCAGUGUGUGCAAUUAUGGAAGAAACAUUAAAUAUUUGUUUUUAUUG